UUGAAAAUAUGUCUGGCCUGUAAGAAUUUGGAAGUGCUGAGUGACAAACAGUCAUUGUUCUGUAGGCUGGAGGAGUCAUCAGUUAAAGAUUUUACAAAUGACAACCUACCAGAAUGUUUUAAAGAAAGUAAGAAGGAUAAGCAGACUCAUCAGCAGCGCCACCUGUCUCUAUUAUUCUCUGGCCUCAAGCCCGUCGGCCACACCUUGAAGACGUCGUCGUCAUCUACGUCCGGUAGACCCUCCUCCUCAUCAUCAUCAUCAUCAUCUGGCGCUAAUACCAUGAACAUGAAGUGUAGAAACUCAAUGUCAAAUUCUACUACUAGCACCAAUACUGUCUACAUUAUUAACUGCAGUAAUAGUAAUAGUACUAGUACUACUGCUACUGAGUUUAUUGAGGAUGGGCUGAAGCUGUCAGUCAUGUCUAAUUUUCAAAUCUUUGUGGCCAGCGCCAGUGAAGUUGGUCUUUACGAUGGUUUCAGUAGCAGUAGUAAUGUCGUAUUUACCACUGUGGCACCUGCAGCUGCUACUGUAGCUGCAGCUUUUACUGGAGAUUUUAAUAAAAAAGGAAGAAUAAAAAUGCGCCCUGUUUUUGAGACUCUCCAUGACCUUGGCCUCUCCUUGGUGAAAGAAAGCGUCUACAAAGAUCUUAUAUAUUCCGUCGAGUUGGCCUACCCGCCGUACUACGUAGAGAAUAACAUCGGAAAAACCCGGCCUAUCGAAAUUGCUCAGGCUCUCGAUGGUUGGAAAAAAACUAGGCACGACUGCUGCCUCUGCAAUUUCUCCACAAAGACUCAGUCCUCCUUUUACCAGCACAUGGUAACAACCCACAACAUCAGCCUUAAGUACUACCACUACACCGGCAACAACAACAGCAACAACAACUGCAACAACAGCACUUAUUGCAUACAGCAACAAUACCAGCACACACCUCUCAUAUCUGGUCUCAAUGGAAUGUACGUCUGUCAGCUUUGUCCAUUUGUAACUAAGAUAUCUUCAAAGGGAUGCAGAUAUACCAAUGAUGUGGCCAGUUUCCACAGCGGGGCAUGUUACGGGACCUGCCCCUGGCAAGAGGAAAAGCAGCAGCAGCAUCAGUCACAGCAUCAGCAGCCCAUAGAAACGAUAAAAACAUCAGAGGCGUCGUCUUCUAAUGAUGAUGAUCAUGUCACAGUUCUGGCUACUGCACUCACCAUAACUCAUCCAUCGUUCUAUCACCACGUCUGCGAGAUCUGCUGUGCAAUGCUGAUGUCCGGCUCAUCUCUAGAGCAUCACCUACUAACCACCCACAACGUGCACCUCCUUCCGGGGACAUUUGACCUUCGACCUGCUCCAAAUACGUCAUCGGCGACGUCAUCACAGGCGACGGGUUCAUCAUCAUCAUUUUCACCUGGAAAAUUGUCAUCUCCGUCCCAAUUGAUCUCCAUGAGGCCGUUCUACAAAUGCGAUUCUUGCGAUGAUUAUUUCUAUAGUCAAAAGGGUCUGAGUCAUCAUCAGACGUUCAUACACGGCGAUGAGGAUGGCGACGAUAAUGAUGCUGAUGAUGAAAAUGACUUCUUCCCCAGUCGAUCUGCCCUCUACAAAGCUAUCAUCUGUGGCUGGUCUAACAGUUCUACCAGUAGUAAUACUAAUAGUGUCGCAAGUAGCGUUACUAUGAACAGCAAUGUUAAUGGUGUUAGCAACAACGCUACUACAGCCGAUGACGAUUCAAAGGCUGUACUGGCAUUCAAACAGUUUUUCUCAAGCGAGUCUAAAUAUAACAAAACGUCAUCAGCCGGCCAGUCAGCCGUCCUCUCAGCUCUCAUUCAGGAUAAGCUAAAAGAUCAUAAAUGUAAACAUAAAUUUUUGAGGAAUUCCUUCAAUUCCAGCUCGAGAUCACUGUCCAGUUUGUUUUCUAACUCAGCUAGCGUUGAUUGCCCAACGUGUCUUUGUCAAUUUGCUGACGGCCAUCAGCUGGCAAAGCAUUUGAAGCAGCAUCACAGGGAGGCGUGUAGGCAGUGCAGCGCUAGGUUCGGUAGUCUCAAACAUCUGGUCCAACAUGUCGAGGAAAGUCAUCUUGAUAUUGAAACUAAUAAAUGCAAGGUAUGUAUGGCCGUUGUCAUUCCUAUGGAAAAGAUCAAUGAUGGAGAUGAUGAAGAUAAACGUUAUCAACAGAUGAGGAACAUGCUUAUGGAACAUGUUUGCUUCAAAAGAGACAGUGAUGAUGAUGAUGACGGUGUUGGCAAUGAGAGACCAGUUAAUGAUAACACCAACAGUGAUGAUGGCGCGAGUAAAAGAAAGGAGGGUAAUGAUGAUAAUAGCCCAUCCACAAAUGGUUGUCUCGUCAGUAAAGAUGAAGUUUUAAUGGAAAUUUCAAAUUGGAAGCCUAAUCUUAGUGCAAGAAGUGGCCUGCAAUCGGCAACAUCACCAAGUAAGAAACGUGAUUUUCGUAAUGGAGGCGCAAAGCUGGCUAACGACAACAAAAUCGACAGUAAUACCCCAAAAAAUUACACCGAUGAUGAUGAUGGCGAUGAUGACGUGAUGAAAAAUAUUGAUGACGCUGUUGAUGAUGACGGCGGUAUUAGUGAUAAUGAUAUUGGACCUUCCUCAAGAUUACCAAACUGGCCGACUGAUUAACUGAUUUAAAUUCGUUACUGGAAAAAUUUUGAUUCAACAUAGUUCAUAUAUAUAUUCAUAUAUAUAUAUAUAUAUAUAUAUAUAUAUAUAUAUAUAUAUAUAAGAUGUUUGCUUGCUAUUCCAAUAACUGAUAAAAUCUAGCGAACUAACAAAUAUAUAUAUAUAUACAUUUGACAAUGAUUUACGAUCUACCGUUAGAAAAAUUAAACAGAAGGCACGGAUAUAUAUAUAUAUUAUG